AUGACUUAUGCUUUCAUAACAUUGAGAGAGCUCUGGUUUCUGAGAAAUAAAUGUGUUUAUGAAAAUGAAAGCUUCAAUGAACAAUUACUCAAGACUAGAGUUCUUAAACUUACUGCUGAGAGUGAAGUAAGAAUGAAAGGCAAAAUGUGGAACUCAGCAUAUGACUUGCAAAUUUUGAAACAUUUUAACAUGAGUUGUAGAAGAACUGUUUCCACAAGAAUUCAAGAAAUUUAUUUCUUUCUUCCAGUCAAUACUCAGAUUGUUCUCUGCUGUGAUGGUGCUUCAAAAGGGAAUCCUGGUAAUUUAGGGUAUGGUUUUAUUGGAAGAAAUUCAGAGGGUGAAUGUAUAGUUGUUUUGGCAGGAGGACUGGGAGUGGCAACAAACUACUAUGCAGAAGUUAUGGUCUUACUAUGUGAUGGAGAAUGGGCUAUCAAGAAUGGUAAACUGGAGGUCAUCUUCAGAAUUGAUUCAAAGGCAGUUAUCACAGAUUUUACAUCAGGUCAUAUACCAUGGUUUACAGUCACCAGAUGGAGUAAAAUCAUUGAUAAGUUGCAGUUCUUGAGUUUUGUUCACAGCUACAUAGAAGUGAACUUCUCUGCAGAUGUUAUGGCUAAGAGAGGAGCUAAUAUGGCAAGAGUAGAAACUGUUAUCUUCACAAGAAGACCCCCAUUUCUACACAACAUGGAAGUUGAAAAUCAACCAUAUUAUAGAUUUUACUAA